ACGUUACGUCUAAACAUGGAAAAUAAAACAGCAUAUGAGUAUAUUCCGGCUUUUUAUGCCGGCCGCUGUAUAUUCAUUACCGGAGGGACUGGGUUUAUGGGUAAAGUUCUUAUUGAAAAAAUUUUACGAUCAUGUCCCGAUGUUGCAAACAUAUUUGUACUCAUACGGCCGAAAAAAGAACUAAGUAUCAACGAUAGACUGAAGAAAAUGUUGGAUAACAAGCUUUUCGAUCUGCUACGAAGCACGCAACCGUCUGCGUUUGAUAAAAUUAUUCCUAUAAGUGGAAAUUUAGCUGCUGACAAUUUAGGAUUGCUUCCCUCCGAUCGAGAAAUGUUGAUCGAAAAAGUAUCUAUAAUAUUCCACAAUGGAGCUAACGUCAGAUUUGAUGGAAGUCUAAAAGACAUGAUUCUCAAUAACACUAGAGGAACGCUAAAUACUUGUAUUUUAGCUGAGAAUAUGAAGCAACUAGUCGUUUUACUGUACGUUAGUACGGUCUUUACCCAAUGUGAUAAACCUGUAGUGGAGGAGAUAUUAUAUCCCUCGGAAAUCGAUUGGAAGAAAACAAUUAAAAUCGCAGAGUCCUGCGACGAGCAUCUUCUCAAAAUAUUAACAGCCAAAUACAUGAAAAAUGUACCAAACACCUAUCUCUUAAGUAAGAUACUGGCCGAAAAAGUGAUAGGCGAUUAUUCGACAUCACUACCUUGCGUGAUCGCAAGACCCUCAAUCGUUGUUUCGACAUGGAAUGAUCCUGUUGAGGGUUGGUUAGACAACUUCAACGGACCGAUCGGAUUGAUGGUUGGUGCUGGUAAAGGUUUAAUACGUGUAAUUAGGACUGAUCCUUCUGUAAUUCCAGAUAAUGUUCCAGUAGACAUGGUCAUUAAAGUGGUAAUAGUCAUGGCUUGGAAACGUGGUAUUAAAACUGAGAUUAAUACGAUUGAUAUUUACAACUGCACGUCAAAUCAAAUUAAGAACCUGACUACCAAAGGUUCGUUGGACGUAAGCAUGAAGAUCACAGAGGAAAUUCCUCUCGAUAAUAUACUUUGGAAACCACGAACAAUACUGACAACAAGUUCUUUUGUUUAUUAUAUAUUGGUGUUGCUACUGCACGUUAUACCAGCGACAAUCUUGGAUGGAAUGAUGAAAUUGUUCGGUGCACGCUCAAUAGUUUUGAGAUUGUACAGAAAAGUAUAUGUAAUGAAUACGGUCGCGUCGCAUUUUUCAUUAAAUAAGUGGACAUUUCAUAAUACAAAAUGGAACACUGCGGUCGAUAAUCUCAGCGCUGAUAAUUGGAAAGACUUCGGUUUUGACUACAAAGAUCUUGACGUACAUGAAUACUAUAGAAAGGCAGUAAAGGGUUGUAAAUUUUACCUACUGAACGAAAACGUAGACGAUCUAACAGCAGCCAAACGUCAUUAUAAAAGGAUGGAGUGGCUUGAUAAAAUAAUCAAGACGUUAUUCGUCGUGUUUACGUUAUGGAUACUUUAUAAGUAUAUAGCUACAUAUUAAGUAAUUAAACAACUAAUAUGGUAACCUUAUUCAGGAUACCAUUUAUUGUUGUUACCAUAGUGGGUAGUAAAAGUAGUUAUAAAUACUUAUUCAAACAUAUUUUAUCUGCGUAUUCUUGUAUUGGUUUUCUAGUAACAUUUUAUUAAUGUGUGCAAUUAAGCAACAAAUAUUAUUUGUUAACGUAAGAAUAAAUGCGGACUUACCGGAGUGAAACAAGAAA